AUGCUAGCAACAUCCCUAUCCCCUAACAUCUCACCUGCGACUGCCCGAGAGACGGGCGUUGCCCUAUACUCAACGUCUCCUCGAAUCCAUUAUGAGAAAUCGGCCUCACUCUCUGCCAGUUCUCGCCCUGCCGCCGUCGAACAGACGAGUCCCGUCGCACGCAAGCGCCCUCUCUCAUACGACAUCGAUUUCCAAAAGCCUCGCAGGUUACCGAGCACGAAAUCCCUAGACCGCUACGGAUAUUCUCCCCGCGUCCAACCCCGCCCGAAAAUGGUGGAUGCUUCCACACAAUACUCUCCCCCCAACCAACAGAAAGCAGCACAGACUCCCACAAGUACUAUUGCGGGACUUCAACUGUCCGAAAAGGAGGAUCAUUCACCCAAGGCCGCCCCUCUCUCGUCCGCGACGAAGCGCCGUGACGGCACCGUUCCGAAUCAGACGAGACCGGAAAUCACGACAGCGCAAGCGCAGAUAAAGAGACAAGCUGUGGAACCAGCCACGGCAGCACGCACCCCUGUGAAUGGCGUCGUGCCGGAAGAAGAGCCGAGCGUGGAACAGUCUCCGGUGAAGAAGGCCCGUCCAGAUGCUCCGCCAGUACGGAUAAUGCCCCUGCAAUACGAAAACUGUAACACCCGGGAUCUGGUGGUCCUGAUAGCUUCCAUGUUGAUGGAGCUGAUCCGGUACAACGAUGCCAUUCCACUGAAGGAUGGCCAGCUUACGCGCUUCCACUCACGAGCACCCCCUGGGAUUUCGGUCCUCGACUACCUCCAGCGACUGACAACCCACGCAACAUUGUCGCCUCCUAUAUUACUCAGCGUGGUCUAUUAUAUUGAUCGCCUGUGCGCCCUCUACCCCGCUUUUACUAUAAGCAGCCUCACUGUGCACCGGUUCCUCAUCACGAGCUCAACAGUGGCGAGCAAAGGCUUAAGCGACUCGUUCUGGACGAACAAGACCUAUGCCCGAGUUGGUGGCGUGAGCAUGAAAGAACUCGCACUUUUAGAGCUCGAGUUUCUCACCAGGAUGGAAUGGAGAAUCGUGCCGAAACCAGAGGUAUUAGUAGACUAUUAUAAGUCUCUGAUCGCCCGGAAUUCGCAGUACCAGCUCGAAGGUACAUAA